AAAGGGUGAGAGUCAUAGUCCCUUUUAAUUCAAAAGCUCAAAUUUUUCUAUUCAUGUUCACUUUUGUCUUUACCCUCCUCCCUCCUCUUUCCCAAAACUUCUCUGCCCCUCUAUCUUCUUCUCUUUCUCUUUCCCUUUCUUGCACAUUCUAAAUCUAGGGUUUCAUUUAUUGUUGUCUCCUCUUCUUUUAUCAGUGGGGAAUUCUGAGCUAAGUCAUUUGAGUAGCUGGUGGACAGGGGAUCUUCUCCACAUUUUUCAGAAUGAGCUUAGAUGUGUGUUCUUGGCAGUCCAUUUGUGUCAAUUUUCAGUCUUUUGAGUUCCCUUUUCUUUCCAUUACUGCAAUUUUGUAGGUUGAGCCCAGUGUAGUUUCUGUUGGUUUGGUCCGUGACGACAUUUUUUAGGUUUUAUGUUACAAUUAUGUGUUGUAGUGCAUGUUCCUCAUUUGCAGUUAGGGUUUUGUGUUAUUUCGUCGGUUUCAGAUUUGUGGAGUUAUUAUAUUAGGAGUGGUAGUGCUUUGACUGCGGAUUUUGAAUAAUUUAGUUUGAAUUUUGCUCAUGGAUGGGAGAGAAGGGAUGGCAUUGCAAGGGUCUGCACCAUACUACCUUCAUAGAGGGGGAAUUGGUGGAUCUGGUGGUUCAGGGCCUGGCCAUACUGUUCAUAGCGGUGGCGCCUCCCCUGUCCCGCAGCCUGGUGUAAUGCACUCCUCCCCUGCUGUCAAGAAUCUUGCAAACUCAAGCAUUCAGAUGCAGCCCAAUGCAGGGAGUGCUGAUGCUUCUGCGAGCAGUUCAUCAUUCCAUGUUGAGAACCCAUCUCAGAAUUUCCCUCGCGGCAGAAGCAUCAUGGUUGCUUUGCCAGGUGGCGAGCCCGUGCAGAAGAAGAAGAGAGGUAGGCCGAGGAAGUAUGCCCCGGAUGGAGCUAACACAGGCUUAGGAUUAUCCCCUAUGUCUGCACCUAAGCCUUCUUCCUCUUUGGUGGUCAGCCCUGCGGAAAAGGCGAGACGAGGCCGGCCUCCUGGCAGUGGAUGGAAGCAGAAGCUUGCUCCCCUUGGUGAAUGGAUGAACAACUCAGCUGGAUUAGCCUUUACACCUCAUGUCCUGCAUGUCGGCGUCGGUGAGGAUGUUGCAGAGAAAAUUCUGGCAUUUGCACAACAGCGGCCAAGAGCUCUAUGCAUUAUGUCUGCAAACGGAUCAGUUUCUGCAGUUACACUCCGCCAACCUACAACUUCUAAUAGCACUGUUACUUAUGAGGGCCGUUUCGAGAUACUUUGCUUAUCAGGGUCCUACUUGGUUGCUGAAAACGGAGGUCCUCGCAAUCGUACUGGUGGAAUAAGCAUAUCAGUCUGCAGUCCUGACGGGCACAUCAUUGGGGGCGCGAUAGGUGGUAGACUUGUGGCAGCGAACCCAGUACAGGUUGUUGCAUGCAGUUUUGUUUAUGGUGGUACUAAGCUAAAGGGCAAGGUUGAGCCAGCUGCUGAAGAUGAAAAACAUCUGCCUGAGAAACCUGCAGAAAAGUCGUUGACCCCAAUAACUGCAGCUGCUACUCAAAGCUAUACACCUAACACUGGAACAACAAGUAUUUGGCCGCCAGUUGCUCGGGCGGAAGUAAAAAAUCCCCAGACGGAUAUUGACCUGAUGCGUGGAUGAGAGGGACAGCAAUAAGCACAUCCUUGGAAUUCCAGCUUUGGCAUUGCAUC